AUGGCCCACAGCAUGUUCACCGUCAAAUACAUCGGCCUGAUCUACAUCCCGUCGUUCGCCUUGAUCGUCGGCACUCUCAUGUACCAGCGAUCAUUGCUUCCCUUCUCCGUCCUGGCCGUCUUCUUCGGCCUCGGCUUCGUCGUCUACGAGAUCAAUGAAGCCACCAAGACCUCAUACGCCAAGGUCCUCAGCGCCGAAGCCUACCAGUCGUUCCCCAUCUCCGAGAUCAAGAAGAUCUCCCACAACACCGCCGUCUACCGCUUCUCGCUCCCGGAGAACAGCGUCCUGGGCCUGCCCAUCGGCCAACACAUCUCCCUCGCCGCCACCCUCGACGUCAAGGACCCCAAGAUGGAGACCGUCGAGCGCAAGGAGGUCGUGCGCUCCUACACCCCGAUCUCCUCCGACGUGACCCCGGGCUACUUCGACCUCCUCGUGAAGUCCUACCCGACCGGCAACAUCUCGCGCCACCUCGCCACGCUGAAGGUCGGCGACACGAUGAAGGUCAAGGGCCCCAAGGGCAACAUGAUCUACUCGCCCAACCUCGUCCGCCACUUCGGCAUGAUCGCCGGCGGCACCGGCAUCACCCCGAUGCUGCAGAUCAUCAACGCCGUCGUGCGCGGCCGCAACACCGGCGACCGCACCGAGAUCGACCUGCUCUUCGCCAACGUCAACGAGGAGGACAUCCUGAUGCGCGACGAGCUCGACGCCCUGGCCAAGAAGGACCCCAACGUCCGCGUCCACUACGUCCUGAACAACCCCCCGGCCGGCUGGAAGGGCGAGGUCGGCUUCGUCACUGCUGAUAUGAUCAAGAAAUACCUCCCCAAGCCCGCCAAGGACAUCAAGAUCCUCGUCUGCGGGCCCCCGCCCAUGGUCUCCGCGAUCAAGAAGGCCACCGAGUCGCUCGGCUACGACAAGGCCCGGGCCGUGUCCAAGCUGGAGGACCAGUUCUUCGCCUUCUAA